AGCCUUUCAAUCAAUAUAUCUUAUUACAAUAACAAAAAAAAAACAAUUAUUUUACCUAAGUAUUUUCUUGUAAUUAUGGCUUUGGUUCUUGCAUGGAAAACACAAUUCACCCUUCUCUUUGUGAUUUUUGGGAUGUAUGCAUCUCAAGUCACUUGUAGAAACCUUCAAGAUUCAUCCUCCAUGUUGGAAAAACACGAGUCGUGGAUGGCGCGACAUGGAAGAACUUACGAAAAUGAUAUAGAAAAGGCGAAAAGAUUGAAUAUUUUCAAGAAGAACGUCAAAUUUAUUGAGUCAUUCAACAAUAAUGGUAGUAGGUCAUAUAAAUUAGGCAUCAAUAAAUUUUCUGAUCUUACUUCUGAGGAAUUCUUGAGGUAUUAUACUACUAAUCAUGGACUUAAUAAUAAGUUUUCUUCUAUAAAAUCUCAAAAAUUAUCUCCAACAACAAUUUCAUCAUUCAAGUAUGAAAAUAUAAGUGAUGUUCCAUCUGAAAUGGAUUGGAGAAAGAGUGGUGUUGUCACUAGCAUCAAAGAUCAAGGUCGAUGUGGAUGUUGUUGGGCAUUUUCCGCGGUCGCGGCCUUAGAAGGAGCAAAUAAACUCUCAACGGGAAAAUUAAUUUCACUCUCCGAGCAACAAUUACUAGAUUGUUCAACCGAAAACCACGGUUGUAACGGCGGAUUAAUAACCAUGGCCUACGAUUACAUCGUAAAAAAUAAUGGUAUCGCAGCAGAAUCCGAUUACCCUUACGAAGAAAAUCAAGAUUCAUGCAAAAUACAAGACUCGAUAGUAAAAAUGAGUAGCUACGAAAUGUUACCUCCAUCAAGUGAACCAACGUUACUUACCGCGGUGGCGCGACAACCUGUAUCGGUGGGUAUCGCGGUGAAUAAAGAGUUUAUGUCAUACCAAAGUGGAGUUUAUGAUGGAAAUUGUGGUGAUGAAGUUAAUCAUGCAGUUACAAUAAUUGGUUAUGGUACAAAUAAUGAAAAUGGUGCAAAGUAUUGGAUAAUUAAGAAUUCAUGGGGGUCUAGUUGGGGUGAAAAUGGUUAUAUGAAAAUUGCUAGAGAUAUUGGAAAUAAUGAUGGUCUUUGUAGGAUAGCUACUAUGGCUUCAUAUCCUAUUGUUUAGAAAAUUUGGUUUAAAUUAAUAGCACAUGAUCUUUAGUGCUUGUUUGG